CUCCGGCAACCUCCCGAAUGGGAUCUAUCACCUGACUCGGCUCAAACAUGGCUGCGCUGGAAGCUCUAUUGCUUUGGGUACCAGGAGCAGGAGGCGCUCCACGAAUGAGAAAAUUGACAAUGUGUUCUGCGUAAUUCAUCUCUUUCUAUCUCCCUGCACUCUGUGCUGGGAAAAUGCAUCAUCCAUUUGGAAAAGAGGAAAUUGCUUCUCAGAAGCAGCUUUUUGGGUUUUUCUGUGAGUGCCUUCGCAGAGGAGAAUGGGAGCUGGCACAGGCAUGUGUACCUCAGCUACACGAGGCACAAGGGGAUAUCCCAAAGAAGGUGGAAGAUAUACUUCAGGCGCUCGUGGUGUGUCCAGAUCAGCUGAGAUGUGGACAGGACAUCAACCCUCAAAGAUUAGCCUGGAUCUGGUUUCUUGUACUGGAAAAAUGGUUCUCCCAGGAAAAGAAAUUACUCCCAAGUGUUUUCCGGAGAAAGCUUGAGUUUCUUUUAUUAUCAGAAGACCUCCAAAGUGACAUUCCUGAGGACAUCCUCAAGGAGCUAUAUGAGGCCCUAGCACAAGAUUCAGGAGGCCCUGUGCUUGACGGAAAUCAGAGGCGGGAUAGCUGGACCCCUCGGCUCAGCUCAGAAGCCGUCUCUGUGCUCUGGGAUCUUCUGAGGCAGUGUCCCCAGCCAGCACAGGCCCUGCUGGAGCUCCUGCUUAGAGAAGACGACGGCACUGGCCUCUGUGGCUGGCCCCUGCAGAAGGCACUGGUGGACUUCAUUCGAAGGGCGCUUCAGGCUGUGCGGGGCUCCGCCGCUGGGCCCCCUGGUGAAGUAGAUGCUAUCUAUGGAGCCCUGCGGACUCUGCAUUGCCCUGCAGAGCCUCUCGAAGUUGAGCUGCAUCUCCUUUGUGAGGAACUACUGGAGGCCUGCAGGGCUGAGGGGAACCCCCUGCAGGAGGAGCGGGUGCUCAGCUGCCUGCUCCACAAGGCAGGACGGAGCCUGCUAUCCCUGUAUGGCCAUACUUAUGCAGAGAAGGCCGCAGAAAAGCCAGCGAAGACCAUACCCUCGGGAAAAGUCUCCCCCGAUCAUCUAGAUCCUGAGCAGGCAAUGCUGGCCCUGUUCUCCAAUCCUGACCCUGCCCAGGCUUGGAAAUCAGCCUAUUUCUACUGCUUGAGCAACAGCAAGCACUUCCUCGAGCAGAUCCUGGUGACGGCACUUACGCUGCUGAAAGAGGAAGACUUCCCAAGUCUUGGCUGCCUACUCGACAGAGAAUUCAGGCCUCUCAGUCGACUGCUCGUGCUCCUGGGCUGGACACACUGCCAGAGCCUAGCAUCAGCCAAGAGUCUGCUCCAGACACUCCACAGGACCCAGGACCAGGGCUGUGACAAGCUCCUCAGGGAUGCCUGUGAUGGGCUGUGGGCUCACCUAGAGGUCCUGGAGUGGUGUGUACAGCAGAGCAGCAACCCCAUACCAAAGAGAGAUCUCUUAUGUCAUUUACAUGGUGGAGACAGCCACUCUGUGCUGUACUCCCUCCAUCACCUUACCAACCUUCCAGCUCUCAGGGAGGAAGAUGUUCUCAAGCUCUUACAGAUGGUGCCAGCCAAGGACCCCCAGCAAGAGCAUGAUUCAGCCGAUGCCCCAGUCCCUGAGCACCUGAGCCAGUGUCAGAACCUGACCCUGUACCAGAGCUUCUGUGCCAUGAAGUAUGCCAUCUAUGCCCUCUGUGUGAACUCACACCAGCACUCCCAGUGCCAAGAAUGCAGAGAGAGCCCUUCUGAGGACCUGGCCUUGGCUGCAGAGCCAGCAAAUGAUUCUGUCUCCUCCCCAGGUGCUUCAGAUCUCUUCUCAGCAUACCUGGCCAGAUGUCAACAGUAUCUGUGCAGUAUUCCUGACUCUUUGUGCCUGGAACUUCUAGAAAACAUCUUCUCAUUGCUCCUCAUCACCUCUGCCGAUCUUCACCCAGAGCCUCACCUGCCUGAGGACUAUGCUGAGGAUGAUGACGUUGGGAGGAAGGGCCUGAUGGAUUUGAGGUCACCAUCAGAGAGCCCUCAGCACAUAGCACAACCUGAGAAGAAGUCAGAACGGGGUGGCCAGGGAGUCCCCAGGAGCCUUGCUUCUAUAAUCCCAAGCUGUCUGAAGACAGAGCCAAAAGACAGUUCCCCAGAGCCCCAUGGGCACAGCUUUUUGGACCUAAAGCACUUUACUAGUGGUAUCAGUGGGUUCCUGGCUGAUGAAUUUGCAAUAGGGGCCUUCCUCAGGCUUCUCCAGGAGCAGCUGGAUAAACUCAGUAGCCACAACCCCCCUGAGAAGCCAAAGCUCCCAGAAGGCCAGAGCUGCUCUGGAAGCAGAGACGGACUGCAGAGCCGCUUGCACCGGUUUUCCAAGGUUCUUUCUGAGGCCCAGUGGAGAUACAAGGUGGUAUCAAGCAACCAGGGCUCAGAGGAACAACCUUCCCGAAGAUACCGGCCCAUUGCCACACGGCACCCAAGUCUCCGCCGGGGGCGUCGGACUAGAAGGAGCCGGCCAGAUGGCCGGGACAAAGGUUCCAAUCCAUCCCUGGAAAGUACAAGUAGUGAGCUGAGCACAAGUACUUCAGAAGGAAGUCUGAACACUGUGUCUGGAAGGAACGAGCUGGAUGGCCGAUUGCAGCCUCAGUCUCAAAGUUCAGUCAUCCCCAUGAUGUUCUCCCCACCUGAGUCACUGCUGGCAUCCUGCAUCCUCCGGGGGAACUUUGCAGAAGCCCACCAGGUGGUGUUCAUGUUCAACCUGAAAUCCUCGCCCAGCUCAGGGGAACUGAUGUUUGUGGAGCGCUACCAAGAGGUGAUCCAGGAACUGGCCCGGGUAGAGCACAAGAUUGAAAACCAGAACUCAGAUGGCGGGAGCAGCACCAUUCGGAGAACAGGCAGCGGCCGCUCGACUCUACAAGCCAUCGGCAGCGCAGCAGCAGCAGGAAUGGUAUUUUACUCCAUCUCUGAUGUGACUGACAAGCUGCUCAGCACCGCUGGAGAACCCAUCCCCACCCUCCAGGAGGACUUUUGGAUAAGCCACACCCUGGUGGAGCCCACUGCUCCCCUGAGAGAGGUUCUGGAAGACCUCAGUCCCCCUGCCAUGGCUGCAUUUGACCUAGCUUGCUCUCAGUGCCAGCUCUGGAAAACCUGCAAGCAGCUCUUAGAAACAGCUGAACGACGUCUAAACAUUAGCCUCGAGAGCCGGGGUCGGCGGCUAGACCAGGUACUCCUCAAUGCUGAUGGCAUUCGAGGUUUUCCUGUUGUUCUUCAGCAAAUCAGUAAGAUUCUCAAUUAUCCACUUAUAUCAGCUGGACAAACUAAAUCGGAGAGUGUAGAAGAAAAAGGAGGGGGCCCUCCACGGUGCAGCAUAGCUGAGCUGCUUCAGAUGUGUUGGCCCAGCCUAACCGAGGACUGUGUCGCCGGCCACACCACCCUGUCCCAGCAGCUGGAACAAGUCCUCCAGGCGCUGAGAGAGGCUCUACAGCUGCCAGAGCCCAGGAGUACUCCACUCUCCUCACUGGUGGAGCAGGCGGCCCAGAAAGCUCCAGAGGCAGAGGCCCACCCUGUGCACAUCCAGACUCAGCUCCUCCAGAAGAAUUUGGGCAGACAGACCCCAGCAGGCAGCAGACAGACUGACUACCUAGGCACCUUCUUCAGUUACUGCAGCACCAUGGCCGCGGUUCUCCUUCGGAGUUUGAGUUCUGAGCCCGAUCACAUGGAAGUCAAGGUAGGAAAUCCAUUUGUUCUCCUGCAACAGAGCUCUUCCCAACUUGUGUCACACCUCCUGCUUGAGCGACAAGUUCCCCCAGACAGGCUGGCAGUCCUUCUGGCCCGAGAGGGGCUCAACCUGAGUGUGCCGAAGGUCAUUGUUAACUGCUGCUGUGAGCAUCUUGCCCUUUGCUCUUCCCAGCAAAGUCAGCAGACAUCAUCCCUUGUGACCCAGCUGGGCGUCAUGGUCCAGCUGCACACCUCCCACUGCCUGAAUGACCUCCCACUUUCUACACUGAGCUCCCCGAAGCCAACUGGGAAUCCCACACUGGAGAGAAAGCCCCGCUCCUCCCCAAGGGAUUCAUCACUCCCAGCCCUUACCUCUUCUGCCUUGGCCUUCCUUAAGUCCCGCUCAAAGCUGCUGGCCACAGUGGCCUGUCUAGGAGCUUCCCAGGGGUCAAAGCUCACCAAACCCAGCUUGUCAUGGAAGGAGCUUCGUGGCCGCAGGGAAGUGCCUCUGAGUGCAGAGCAGGUAGCCCAGGAGUGUGAACGCCUCCUGGAACAGUUCCCUAUGCUUAAGGCCUCCCUCAUGGCUGCCUGGGAGCCCCUACGACGGACCACUGAGCAGGGGCAGAGCCUGGCAGUGAGUCUCUGUGGUCGGGCCAGUCUGUCUACCGUCCUCCUGGGCCUGCACUCUCCCAGUGCUCUAGACGUGCUUACUGAGGCCUUCAAGGAAGCCCUGCUGGCCAGAGAUUGGCCCCAAGCCCUUCAGCUCACAGAAGUGUAUGGGCGAGAUGUGGAUGACUUGAGCAACAUAAAGGAUGCAGUCCUGAGCUGUGCCGCGGCAUGUGACAAAGACGGUUGGCAGUUCCUGUUUCCUGUGAAGGACGCAUCUCUGAGAAGUCGGCUAACCCUACAGUUUAUGGACAGGUGGCCCCUGGAGUGGUGCCUGGAGAUCCUGGCAUACUGCAUCUCAGACACAACUGUCCAAGAUGGACUGAAGUGUGAGCUACAGAGAAAGCUAGCAGAGCUGCAGGUGUAUCAGAAGAUUCUAGGUUUGCAAGCUACCGUGAUAUGGUGUGACUGGCAGACCCUGAGGAACUGUUGCAUUGAGGACCCAUCAACUGUCAUGAACAUGAUUCUAGAAGCAAAGGAGUAUGGACUGUGUGAAGAGUGGGGCUGCCUCUACCCCAUUCCAAGAGAGCAUUUAAUCAGCCUACAUCAAAAGCAUCUUCUCCACCUUCUAGAAAAAGGACAUCAUGAAAAGGCUCUGCAACUCCUACGAAGAAUACCUGACCCCACCAUGUGCCUUGAGGUCACAGAGCAAUCCCUUGACCAGCACCCUAGCUUAGCCGCUUCUCACUUCCUGGCCAACUACCUCACCACCCACUUCUACGGAGAACUGUCUGCUGUCCGACACCGUGAAAUCCAGGCGCUAUACAUAGGAUCCAAGGUUCUACUGACCUUACCUGAGCCGCACCGGGCCAACUACUCCCAUUUGUCUUCUAACCCCCUCCUCAUGCUGGAACAGCUACUCAUGAACAUGAAAGUGGACUGGGCCACUGUGGCUGUGCAGACUCUGCAGCAGCUGCUAACUGGGCAGGAGAUUGGCUUUACCAUGGAUGAGGUUGACUCACUGCUUUCCAGAUAUGCAGGAAAAGCCUUGGAUUUCCCGUACUCUCUGAGGGAGAAACGAUCAGCAUUUUCCCUCUCUACAGAUUCUGUGAUUCAUCUCCAGGAAGUUGGGCAGGCUUCAGACCUUGAGACCUUGUCUAGAUCUCCAUCAGCAGAGUUCUCUUCUGCUGCUGCUCCUGGUGUCUCCACUGUACGUUCCCCCAGUCCAAGGGAGAGGAGCUUCCCAGAGAAUCAGCCCCCCCCAGAGUUUGUCCCCCCAGCAACACCCCCUGGCAGGCAUCAGUGGGUGCCCGAUGAGAGUGCAAGCGUCUGCAUGGUCUGCUGCAGGGAGCGCUUCACCAUGUUCAACAGGCGUCAUCAUUGUCGCCGCUGUGGCCGGCUAGUGUGCAGUGCCUGCUCCACUAAGAAAAUGCAGGUGGAAGGCUGCAGAGAGAGCCCUACUCGCGUGUGUGACCAGUGCUAUAGUUACUACAACAAAGAUGUGCCAGAGGAGAAUCCAGAACAACCAGAAGCACCACCCAGCUCCAAGAGUGAAAGCCCUCCAUACUCAGCUGUGGUGAGAGUCCCCAAAGCAGCUGAGGUGGAAUGGAUUUUGGAUCUGAAUGAGGAGGAAAAUGAGCUGAUGCGGAGUGAAUUCUACUACGAGCAGUCCCCCAGUGCCUCCUUGUGCAUUGCCAUCUUGAAUCUGCACCGGGACAGCACUGCGUGUGGCCACCAGCUAAUUGAGCACUGCUGCAAGCUGUCCCAGGGCCUCACCAACCCAGAGGUGGAUGCAGGGCUACUCACAGACAUCAUGAAGCAGCUUCUUUUCAGCGCCAAGAUGAUGUUCGUCAAGGCUGGCCGGAGCCAGGACCUCGCUCUCUGUGACAGCUACAUCAGCAAGGUAGAUGUGCUGAAUAUCUUAGUUGCUGCUUCAUAUCGCCACGUGCCAUCUCUGGAUCAGAUCUUGCAGCCGGCUGCAGUAACCAGGCUAAGGAACCAGCUUUUGGAAGCUGAGUACUACCAACUGGGUGUUGAGAUCUCCACAAAGACUGGCCUUGAUCCCACUGGAGCGUGGCAUGCUUGGGGCAUGGCCUGCCUCAAAGCCGGGAACCUCACUGCUGCACGGGAGAAGUUCAGUCGCUGUCUGAAGCCCCCUUUUGACCUCAAUCAGCUGAGUCAUGGCUCAAGACUGGUACAAGAUGUGGUUGAGUACCUGGAGUCCACAGUGAGGCCACUCCUGUCCUUGCAAGAUGAUGAUUAUUUUGCUACCUUGAAAGAACUGGAAACUACCCUUCGGACCCAGAGCCUCUCUCUGGAGGUGAUUCCUGAAGGGAAAAUCAUGAACAACACCUACUACCAAGAAUGCCUCUUCUACUUGCAUAACUAUAGCACCAACCUGGCCAUCAUCAGCUUCUACAUGAGGCACAGCUGCCUACGGGAAGCGUUACUCCACCUCCUCAACAAGGAGAGUCCUCCAGAAGUCUUCAUAGAAGGCAUUUUCCAGCCAAGCUAUAAAAGUGGGAAGCUACACACUUUGGAAAACUUGCUAGAAUCCAUUGAUCCAACCUUAGAGAGCUGGGGAAAGUACUUGAUAGCUGCCUGCCAACAUUUACAGAAGAAGAACUACUACCACAUUCUAUAUGAGCUACAGCAGUUUAUGAAGGACCAAGUCCGGGCCGCCAUGACCUGUAUCCGGUUCUUCAGUCACAAAGCAAAGACUUACACAGAACUGGGAGAGAAACUCUCGUGGUUGCUUAAGGCCAAGGACCACCUGAAGAUCUACCUCCAAGACACCUCUCGCAGCACCAGAAGGAAGAAAACCACCUUCUUCCAAAAGAAGAUGACUGCAGCUGAUGUGUCCAGGCACAUGAACACACUUCAGCUGCAGAUGGAAGUGACCAGGUUCUUACAUCGGUGUGAAAGUGCUGGGACCUCUCAAAUCACCACCUUGCCUCUGCCAACCCUCUUUGGAAAUAACCACAUGAAAAUGGAUGUUGCCUGCAAGGUCAUGCUAGGAGGGAAAAAUGUGGAAGAUGGUUUUGGAAUUGCAUUCCGUGUUCUGCAGGACUUCCAGCUGGAUGCUGCAGCAACCUACUGCAGAGCUGCCCGGCAGCUGGUGGAGAGGGAGAAAUACAGUGAAAUCCAACAGCUGCUCAAGUGUGUCAGUGAGUCAGGCAUGGCGGCCAAAAGUGAUGGGGACACCAUCCUCCUCAACUGCUUGGAAGCAUUCAAGAGAAUUCCACCCCAGGAGCUGGAGGUCCUGAUCCAGGCAAUACACAGUGAUGACAACAAGGUUCAGGCCUACCUGACGUGUUGCAAACUGCGUUCUGCCUACUUGGUUGCCGUGAAGCAAGAACACUCACGGGCUGCAGCCCUUGUCCAGCAGGUGCAGCAGGCUGCCAGGAGCAGCGGGGAUGCAGUAGUGCAAGACAUCUGCACCCAGUGGCUUCUGACGAGCCACACCCGGAGCACCCACAGCUCAGGCUCCAGAAAGUGACCGUGUGCAGCGAGGCCUGACUACUAUAGAAUAGGAGAGAUGGAGAUGAUCUCUACCUCUCCCCUCCUGUGCAGUGGGACUUCCCCGGCUCUGCCCCAGGUCGGAAAGAGCUGGAUCGGACCCUACUUGCCACCUUGGGCAAGGAUAGGACCUUUCACGCCACGCAAGUGCCAUGUUUCUGUCAAACUGUGGGAUCUACGUGUUCGUCCGGAGAUGGCCAGUUCUUUCUACCUCAGCGUGAGUAAGUGUGUGUGCACACUUCUGUGCACUCAUGUUUACGCCUAAGCAUUUCUGAACAAACAAAACUCUUCCCCACCAAAAAGAGGCACUUUACUUUAGACUUCUGCCAGUCUGCACACCUUCCCUGCGUUUUGGUUCUUAACCCGGGUCAUCCUCUUUGUACACAGUUCCCUCCGUGUGGAGAUGCUCAAUGGCUCCUCAGAACUAGAAGGGUUUUACAGAGAAUUAUAGAGCAGCACCAGAAGGAUUGCCUCUUUUCUUCCUUCUCUCCCCAAAAUUCAGAGAUGGCGAGGGGCAAGUGCUACCUGUGGAAUAAAACUUCCGAGUGUGCCCUCUCACAAGCACAAGGAGUAACCAUGAGUCUCUGGAAGGUAGUCUGAACAGAAGCGUCCUCAGGUGCUGGCGUCUGAAAGCUGUGGGUGCAGACAGUGAGGGGGCCAGAGCCCCACUCACCAGCAGAGGGGCACCAUCGCAUUCAUGCUGUGGGGAAACAAAGGGGAACCUCUCCAAAAAGAAUGCAGGGGGCUUGCUUACAAGCACAGAGCUGGCUUUUGUGAAUAUCCCUGCAGGAAAGAGAGAAUGUGGCUCCCUCUUAGAGAGUCUGGGGAGAGAAAUGGUAGCCAAGAUCCUAGCCCUAAAAUGGCUAGACUACCUGUUUGAGUUAACAGCCUGUUUGUGCUCCUUAAAAUGGUCAGGAAUCCACUUCCUCUUCUGUCCUGCUUCUCUACAGUCUCAUCAGGACCACAGGGUGAAUACAUAGAGGCCUAGGGUCCUUGAGAAGGCAGUACACUUCUCUGUCUUCACAGAGGGAAUCAGGGUUUGGGCCUGCAAAGAGUCAGAACAAGGGGAUGAUGAAAUGGUCCUGUCCAGUUGAUGGAAAACCAGGUGAAGUACUCCUUUAAUAUGCACUGGCUUGUGUUCCCACACCAGAUAUGAUUUUUUUUUUAAUGUUUUAUUUUAUUUUUGAGAGAGAGAGAGAGAGAGGGAGAGAGAGAGAGAGAGAGAGAGAGAGAGAGAGAGAGAGCGUGCACGCAUGAGUGGGGGAGGGGCAGAGAGAGAGGAAGACAGAGAAUCCGAAGCAGGCUCCAGGCUCUGAGCUGUCAGCACAGAGCCCAAUCCGGGGCUCGAGCUUUCAGACCGUGAGAUCAUAACCUGAGCCGAAGUCGGACACUCAACCAACUGAGCCACCCAGGCACCCCCAGACAUGAUUUUAAAAGGGUCUGUUGUACUCAAUGACUUGGAUUUGCAAGUGAGGGCCCUAAGAAAAAGCUGCAGCUCUGAGCCUCCCACCAGCCAGAGCUCAGUCUGUUGAUCUCACAUCUGCUGCUGAAACAAACAGGAACUGGAAGCCAAAGUCAGUAUCUCUGGUGCUUAGACCCUGUGGAUUUCUUUCUGAACCAGGUUUUUUGGUAGUAAAAAAAUAACCAUCAUGGGCAUCUGUCAGAUUCAAAGUUUUGGUCCUGUAGAGAAGAGAAGCUUCAAAGAAAAUAUUAGAUCUCUUUUGGGGGAGGUUUAACAAGUCAAGUGGCUUUUCCUUCUUCGAGUCACACAAUGCAUCUGUCUUCCAGGAAACAUCAUUCCCUGGCAUCCGCUUGUCCUUCUAAGUCUGCCCUCUUUGCACUGAACAUAAGCACUUUAUAUGAAUGGGUUGCAAAUCUUGCAGCCCUUAAUUUGGGAUGUUAAAACCAGAUUUUUCUGACUUUUUCCUCUAAUUAGUUGAACUAUAAAAUAGGUAACCAUUGACUAGACUGACAUAAGAUGACGCUAAAGGCCUUUGAGCAUCACGCUAUGGUCUCCAGGGAAAAAAAAGUACAUGUUGAAGGGUUGAAUGUUUUACUACAAGCAAGCCACAAUAAAGUAUCUGUCCUACCA